CGAGCGUGAGGGCUCGCGUAGAGAGAGCUGUGCGAGAGUGUUAAACGACAGCUGUUGCGCCGCCGUAGGUACCGAUUCACAGCGUUGAAAACGCCGGCUCGCAACCUAGACUUUUUGGUCGAGCGGCCAGAUACGCGGCCUGAUGCACGUUGGCAGCAUGAGACGCGCCGUUAUCCUUCUAUUGGUUUUAUCAUUAUUCCACGGUAACGUGACGACGGCGUUGGAAUGCACGUCUGCCGUAUCAGUGUCUGACAACGUCGGAAUAACCGUAUCUUUAUGGAAUCAUCAUGAGAAUGAUGCAUUUAAAUAUCGAAUAAAUUUAGCUCCAUUUGCUCGCUUAAACAUCACUGUGAUCGAUGUUCCAUCGGAUAUUUGGUUUAUUAUUUUACAAAUUCAUACAUUUCAAUAUAAUGCCACGUUAUCUUACGACAAAGCGCUACUUGAUAAAGUGUCAAACAGAAGUUUAUUUGGCUCAAACAUUGGUUUGUACUUAAAAACAUACGAUGUAACAGCCCCAAUCCAGGUAUUCUUGAAGCAUAACAACGUGCACAAUCUCGAUGCAUUGCUAGUGAUCGUUACAUACGGUCGAAAUGCGCCGAUACCGGGUGGUUGUAACAUGGAAUUCGAUAUCGAAGUGUCGCCGCAUCAAAAGCUCCAUAUGGAAAACGGCAUGAUAGUAGUAGAGUCGCAGCCAGCUCUCGCUCCUAACGUUUCAUCGGCUGUCUGCGAAAAAAUCCUAGUACAGUACAAGAUGUACCGUCUCUAUCUUCCUAGGCAAGACUUCACUCCGGAUACAUAUUUCAAUGCGAUUGCGAGUAUGUUAACCGUGCAAGACAUUGUGCAGAACAGCGACGAGAUACCAGCAAGUUCUUUUAUGAGUUCUAUGAGACGUAUCUAUAGUGCGUACACUGGUACAGGAUCAGUUUAUGCCGUAGUCGCUACUUACGAAAAUUACUCCUCGGCUUACAUUCCGAUCUUUACGUACGCUUGCAGUCCUCUGCUUUAUCCGGAAAGCUGUCAAGUUUUAAACCCAUUUUCUAUGGUGAUUUGCGCGCUGGUCCUCAUGUUAGGUUGUCUGUCAAUUAUUAUAAGCCAUAAGGCUUAUGUAGAUAGCUCAAUAUCGAACUGUAUGAUAUAUGGCGUCUUUGGGUACACUCUGGGUGCAUUCUUAGGUGUCAAUGACAGCUUUGCAAUCCUGAUAGGUUUGAUAUUUACUGGGAUCAUAUCGUUAAUCUUCCAUGUUUUCGAGAUAUAUAUAUCGUUAUGGAAUACAUUAUUGGGAUUUUUGUGCGUAUGCAUCGUAUAUCUCUAUGCUCCAGCGAAAAUGUUUUAUAUCUUGGAACAUAACUGGUUAUUCUGGCCGAUGUUUAUAAGUCUGAUGUUUAUGAUAACCACACUCCUGAGGAUUUCCUAUGUCGGUGAAAUCGUGGCACGAGCGAUUUUUGGAUCUUACUUCGUAAUCAUCGCAAUCGAUUACUUUAUCGGAAGUAAUUUGAAAUAUAUUAUUCUUACUAUAAUCAGAAGGAUAACUGUGCCCGAAUUUCACUUAGCAUUCGUAUAUCCGCCAUUUCAAAGUGCAGAUAUAACUUUGAUAAUUAUUUGGAUUGUUCUGAUAUUAGCACGAUUUAUUAUACAAAAGUGGGUUUCUUCAUAUUGUAACAAUGAAGGUGUUCUAUUUAGGACAGUAAAUUUUGGUGGACAUAAUACAGAGAACUUGCGUCUACUGUCUGAAUCUGACUUUUAUUACGAUAGUUAUACACUGCCUUAAGACGUGAUUACUUUUUGUUGUAAUGAUUUUGACAUCUUUUUGAAACUGCUUUACAGUAUUUCUAAAAUAAAUUUAUAUCAUUCCGUUUACCUUUGUUAAAGCCACAAGAGUCUCAAUUGAUAACUUACACACACACACACACACACUCUCAUAAUAGAUAUAAAUAAUAUAUUAUACAAACCUGUCUUCCUCCUCGUACUUCCUUAAAAUGUGAUAUUUUCUUAAAACGGGACGUAAAGUUACGUGUAACAAUGAUGCACAACAUAUUGGACAUAUGUUUUUUUACAAUUGUUUAACGUGAAAACUUUUGUUUAAUAACCAUGACAUUGUAUUCAUGUUAAUAUGCACAUUUACAAAGCAUUAAUUUUAUUUUCUACGAAACUUUAUUAAAGUAUUAUAUAAUUGUGAAAUGAAUUACAUAACGUUGUGCACCAUUAUUACAAAUAUUUUGCUGUAUAUUUUUUAUAUGUAUAUGUUAAUAUUUUUUUAGUACUUUGUAAUGGAUUAUAUAAUAUACGCAAUGUUAAUAUGGAAACUUGAUGAAUAAAGAAUGAUGAUUUGGCAUUAAAA